GUGCAGUUUCCCAUUCAGGGGAACGGAUAACGGAUCCCGGUGCAGGAGCAGAGUGGACAGGCUGGCUGGACAGACAACAGAUUUCAGCCGUCACCCCGAAGUGGAACUGGACAAGACGUGUGGGGCUUGGGGCCAUCCAGGAGAUCAGUGAGAGUGACUAUACAAGUGAGGACUGUACGGGUCAAUGGGGGCUUGGACACUGGCCAGGGUGGUGCUGGGAUGGGCCGCCGUCUGCUGGGUGGCUCUCCAGACGGUGCAGGGCCAGGGAGACGGAGGCCUGCAGGCCAGCCGCUUCAGUGGAAAACCGGAGGGGGAGGCCCAGCAGAGGGUCCGCAGGAGAGGACAGGAGUCCCUGAGGGGGCCCAAUGUGUGUGGCUCCCGAUUCCACUCUUAUUGCUGUCCGGGAUGGAAAACCUUGCCCGGGGGCAACCAGUGCAUAGUCCCCAUCUGCAGGAACUCCUGUGGGGAUGGUUUCUGCUCCAGGCCCAACAUGUGUACCUGCUCCAGUGGUCACCUUGCUCCCAGCUGUGGGGCAGCAGCUGCUGCAGUCCAGUCCUGUAGUGUCCGCUGUUUAAACGGAGGAGCCUGUAAUGACGAGUCUUGUGUAUGUCAGAAAGGAUAUACAGGGAAACACUGCGGCCAGCCUGUGUGUGAGAGCGGCUGUCAGAACGGCGGCCGCUGCAUCGGCCCCAACAGAUGUGCGUGUGUGUACGGCUUCACCGGGCCACAGUGUGAGAGAGACUAUCGCACUGGACCGUGCUUCACUCAGGUCAAUAAUCAGAUGUGCCAGGGCCAGCUGAGCGGCAUCGUGUGCACCAAGACGCUGUGUUGUGCCACUAUUGGCCGAGCCUGGGGUCAUCCGUGUGAGAUGUGUCCUGCCCAGCCACAUCCCUGCCGCCGAGGAUUCAUCCCCAACAUCCGAAGCGGAGCCUGCCAAGAUGUGGACGAGUGCCAGGCGAUCCCCGGACUGUGUGCUGGGGGGAAUUGUAUUAACACUGUAGGCUCGUAUGAAUGUAAGUGUCCUGCAGGCCAUCGGCAGAGCGAGACCAACCAGAAAUGUGAAGAUAUUGAUGAGUGCUACACUAUUCCUGGAGUGUGUAACGGUGGAGAAUGCACUAACACUGCAGGCAGCUUCGUCUGCACGUGUCCCCGCGGCUACAUCACCAGCGCAGAUGGGUCCAGAUGUGUAGACCAGCGUGUUGGGACGUGUUUCUCCGCUCUGGCUAAUGGCCGCUGUGCUGCGGAGCUGACCGGUCAGUUCACUAAGAUGCAGUGCUGCUGUGAAAUGGGACGCUGCUGGGCUCUCGGCCACAUUCCAGAGAUGUGUCCCGUGCGUGGAUCCGAUGAAUAUCGGAGGCUGUGCAUCGAGGGCAUUCCGUUUGGAACUGGCAACGGAGGUGGAGGUAAUGGGGACCGCUUCGGCUUCAAGUGGCCCGGACAAAACGGGAACACUGACUACAUCACUGGCAUCGGCGGGGUCAGACUCGACAACGGGAACGGUGGUGGCGGCGGCGGCGGUGGCGGCGGUGGGUUCGGUCCUCUGUCUACGAAUGACAGUGCCAUCGAUGUGUGCAAGCAUUUCACUAAUCUGUGUCUGAACGGCCGCUGCAUCCCCAACACCUCCAGCUACCACUGCGAAUGUAAUAUGGGCUACAAACUGGACGUGCGCAGGGAGUGUAUAGAUGUGGAUGAGUGUAUCAGUAACCCCUGUGUGAACGGAGACUGUGUUAACACUCAGGGAUCGUACCACUGCAAAUGUCACGAGGGCUACCAGGGCACCGCCACCAAGCAGGCCUGCAUUGAUAUCGAUGAGUGUAUUGUUAACGGAGUCAUGUGUCGUAACGGCCGCUGCGUGAACACCGACGGAAGCUUCCAGUGCAUCUGUAAUGCUGGCUUUGAGAUCAGUCCUGAUGGGAAAAACUGCAUAGACCAUGACGAAUGCACCACCACCAACAUGUGCCUUAAUGGCAUGUGCAUCAACGAAGACGGCAGCUUCAAGUGCAUCUGUAAACACGGCUUUGCUCUGGCACCAAAUGGACGCUACUGUACCGACAUUGACGAGUGCCAGACGCCAGGUAUCUGCAUGAACGGACGCUGCAUCAACUCCGAGGGCUCUUUCCGCUGUGAGUGCCCGCCGGGCCUGGCCAUCGACGUGGAUGGACGGGUAUGUGUAGACACACACAUGCGGACCACCUGCUACGGGGCCAUUAAGAUGGGCACCUGCUCACGGCCAUUUCCUGGAGCUGUGACCAAGUCAGAAUGCUGCUGCGCCAACCCUGAACAUGGCUUUGGCCAGCCGUGCCAACCGUGCCCUGCCCGCAACUCCGCUGAGUUCCAGGCGGUGUGCAGCAGCGGAACAGGCAUCACAACAGAUGGAAGAGACAUUAACGAAUGUGCUCUGGACCCGGAUAUCUGCCAGAACGGGAUGUGUGAGAACCUGCGGGGAAGUUACCGCUGCAUCUGCAACAUCGGCUAUGAGUCCGACUCCAGCGGCAAGAACUGCGUGGACAUUAAUGAGUGUUUGGUGAACCGACUGCUGUGUGAUAACGGCCUGUGCAGGAACACGCCGGGAAGCUUCACCUGCUCCUGCCCCAAAGGAUUCAUCUUCAAGCCCGACUCAGAGACAUGCGAAGACAUUAACGAGUGUGAGUCCAGUCCGUGUGUUAAUGGAAUAUGCAGAAACCUGGCUGGGUCCUUCACCUGUGAGUGUUCUCAUGGCAGCAAGCUGGACUCCACCAGCACCAUCUGCGUGGACAGUAUGAAAGGCACCUGCUGGCUGAAUAUCCAGGACGGCCGCUGUGAGGUGAACAUCAACGGUGCCACGCUCAAAUCGGAGUGCUGCUCUACUCUGGGCGCUGCAUGGGGCAGUCCCUGUGAACGCUGCGAACUUGACACUGCCUGCCCACGCGGUCUCGCACGGAUGAAGGGGCUUGUAUGCGAAGACAUCAACGAGUGUGAGGUGUUCCCGGGUGUGUGUAUCAACGGCGUCUGCGUGAACACACAAGGCUCAUUCCGCUGCGAAUGCCCCGAAGGACUCACGCUGGACGAGGGUGGACGCACCUGCGUAGAUGUGCGCAGUGAGCAUUGUUAUAUGAAAUGGGAUGAGGAUGAGUGCGGGGAGCCGCUGCCGGGCCGGUACAGGAUGGAUAUGUGUUGUUGUUUGGUGGGGGCUGCGUGGGGGUCGGAGUGUGAGGCCUGUCCCAAACCUGGAACCCAGGAAUACCGGGCUUUCUGUCCCAGGGGACCUGGAUUUGCCAACCGGGGGGAUAUCCUCACUGGCAGACCCUUCUACAAAGAUGUGAAUGAAUGCAAGGUGUUUAAGAGUCUGUGUACACAUGGAACGUGCCGGAACACCAUCGGCAGCUUCAAGUGUCGCUGCAACAGCGGCUUUGCCCUCACGAUGGAGGAGAGGAACUGCACAGAUAUUGAUGAAUGCGCUAUUUCUCCGGACCUGUGUGGUCAGGGUACGUGUGUGAACACACCGGGCAGCUUUGAGUGUGAGUGUUUUGAAGGCUACGAGAGCGGCUUCAUGAUGAUGAAGAACUGCAUGGACAUUGACGAAUGCGAAAGAGACCCCCUGCUGUGUCGUGGAGGAACCUGCCACAACACUGAGGGCAGCUAUGAGUGUGAAUGUCCGCGGGGUCACCAGCUCAGCCCUGACGGAUCGUCCUGCGAAGAUGUGAACGAGUGCGAGCUGAGCGAUAACCUGUGUAGGAACGGUCAGUGUGUGAACACGCUGGGCUCCUAUCAGUGCUCAUGUAACAUAGGUUACCAGGCCACUCCGGACAGACAGGGCUGUGUGGAUAUUGAUGAGUGUACCAUCAUGAACGGAGGCUGUGACACACACUGUACCAACUCUGAGGGCAGCUAUGAGUGCAGCUGCAGUGAGGGAUACGCCCUGAUGCCUGACCUCCGCACCUGCGCUGAUAUUGAUGAGUGUGAGGACACUCCUGACAUCUGUGACGGCGGUCAGUGCUCUAAUAUCCCGGGAGAGUAUCGCUGCCUGUGCUUCGACGGCUUCAUGGCCUCCAUGGACAUGCGCACCUGCGUGGAUGUCAAUGAGUGUGACCUGAACCCCAACAUCUGUCUCCACGGUGACUGCGAGAACACCAAGGGCUCCUUCAUCUGUCACUGCCAGCUGGGCUACUUUGUCAAGAAGGGCUCCACCGGCUGUACAGAUGUUGAUGAGUGUGAGAUCGGUGCUCAUAACUGUGACAUGCACGCCGCCUGCAUUAACAUUCCGGGAAGCUUCAAGUGCCGCUGCAGGGACGGCUGGGUGGGAGACGGCAUCAACUGCGUGGAUUUGGACGAGUGUUCCACAGAGGAGCACAACUGCAACCCCAACGCCGACUGUGUCAACACACCCGGGUCUUACCGCUGCGCCUGCAAGGAGGGCUUCAACGGAGACGGAUUCUCAUGCAGCGACAUGGACGAAUGUGCGGAGAACGUGAACCUGUGUGAGAACGGUCAGUGUCUGAACUCACCGGGGGGCUACCGCUGCGAGUGUGAGAUGGGUUUCACUCCCACUGAGGACAGCAAGGCCUGUCAAGACAUUGACGAGUGUAACUUCCAGAACAUUUGCGUGUUUGGAACGUGCCAGAAUCUGCCCGGAAUGUUCCGGUGCGUGUGUGAUGACGGAUACGAGCUGGACCGCAGUGGAGGAAACUGCACAGACAUAAACGAGUGUGCAGACCCAGUGAACUGCAUUAACGGCCUGUGUGUGAACAUGCCAGGCAGCUACUUGUGUAACUGUCCUGCAGACUUUGAGCUCAACCCCACAGGAGUGGGCUGUGUGGACACUCGGGUGGGUAACUGCUUCCUGGACACGCUGGACCGUGGUGAUGGAGGAAUUUCCUGUAGCGCUGAAAUCGGAGUGGGCGUGACCCGGGCGUCCUGCUGCUGCUCUAUGGGCGGAGCCUGGGGGAACCCCUGUGAACUUUGCCCCCCUGUCAACUCCACGGAGUAUAAAACUCUGUGUCCUGGAGGAGAGGGCUUCAGACCCAACCCCAUCACAGUCAUCCUGGAGGAUAUUGAUGAGUGUCAGGAGUUGCCGGGUUUGUGUCAGGGUGGUAACUGUGUGAACACCUUUGGCAGUUUUCAGUGCGAGUGUCCGGCGGGUUAUUAUCUAAAUGAGGAGACGCGCAUCUGUGAAGAUAUUGACGAGUGCACGGCCCACAUUGGUAUCUGCGGCCCAGGAACUUGUUACAACACCCUGGGCAACUACACCUGCGUCUGCCCUCCGGAGUACAUGCAGGUCAACGGAGGAAACAACUGCAUGGACAUGAGGAAGAGCGUGUGCUACCGUAACUUCAAUGACACCUGUGAGAAUGAGCUGUCCUUCAACAUGACGAAGAAAAUGUGCUGCUGUUCUUACAACGUGGGAAAAGCCUGGAACAAGCCGUGUGAAGCCUGUCCAACUCCUGCUACCUCUGAGUAUCUGCUCCUGUGUGGAAAUCAGGCUCCAGGCUUCAUUAUCGACAUUCACACUGGAAAACCCAUCGAUAUCGACGAGUGCCGGGAGAUCCCUGGAAUCUGCGCCAACGGGGUGUGCAUCAAUCAGAUCGGCAGCUUCCGCUGCGAGUGUCCCAUGGGCUUCAGCUACAACAACAUCCUGCUCAUCUGCGAAGAUAUCGACGAGUGUAACAGUGGGGAUAACCUGUGUCAGCGGAACGCCAACUGCAUCAACAUCCCCGGGAGCUACCGCUGCGAGUGUUCUCCAGGCUAUAAGCUCUCCCCCAGCGGAGCCUGCGUGGAUCGUAAUGAAUGUAUAGAGAAACCCAACGUGUGCAGCCACGGAGAGUGCAUCGACACACAGGGCAGCUACCGCUGUCUCUGCCACAACGGCUUCAAGGCCACGGCCGAUCAGACCAUGUGCAUGGAUAUUGAUGAGUGUGAGAGGCAGCCGUGUGGUAAUGGGACGUGUAAGAACACUGUGGGCUCCUAUAACUGUCUCUGCUUCCCCGGCUUCGAGCUCACGCAUAACAACGACUGCAUGGAUGUGGAUGAGUGCAGUACGCUGGUCGGUCAGGUUUGUAGGCAUGGUCAGUGCAUCAACAGCCUGGGCUCCUUCCAGUGCUUGUGCCAGGAGGGCUAUGAGCUCACCCCCGAUAACAAGAACUGCGUGGAUGUAAACGAGUGUGUGACGUUCCCUGGCACCUGCUCUCCGGGCACCUGUCAGAAUCUGGAUGGCUCAUUCCGCUGUAUCUGUCCUCCUGGUUAUGCUGUGCAGAAUGACCAGUGCAUCGACAUUAACGAGUGUGAAGUUGAGCCCAACAUCUGUCAGUUUGGCACCUGUAUUAACACCCCGGGGAGUUUCCAGUGUAUCUGCCAGCCUGGGUUCGUUCUGUCUGAUAACGGCCGCCGCUGCUUCGACACACGGAAGAGUUUCUGCUUCACACGGUUCGAGAAUGGCAAAUGCACAGUGCCCAAAGCUCUGAACACAACCAAGGCCAAGUGCUGCUGCAGUAAGAUGCCAGGCGAAGGCUGGGGAGACCCCUGUGAACUCUGCCCCCGCGAAAAUGAGGCUGCGUUUGACAGUCUGUGUCCCUACGGUCACGGAGCCCUGCCUGGACUAGGAGAGGGCCGAGAGGAUAUGAACGAGUGUCUGGAUAACCCCAGUAUCUGUGUGAACGGAGUGUGCAUCAACACAGACGGCUCCUUCCGCUGCGAGUGUCCGUUCGGCUACAACCUGGACUACACUGGGAUCAACUGUGUCGAUACGGACGAGUGUUCGAUCGGGAACCCGUGCGGGAACGGCACCUGCUCUAACGUGGUGGGAGGAUUCGAGUGCUCCUGUCAGGAGGGAUUCGAACCCGGACCCAUGAUGACCUGCGAAGAUAUUAACGAGUGUGCGCUGAACCCGCUGCUGUGUGCGUUCCGCUGUGUGAACACGUUCGGCUCCUAUGAGUGCAUGUGUCCUGCGGGAUACGUGCUGAGGGACGACCAAAGGAUGUGUCGAGAUCAGGACGAGUGUGAAGAAGGUUUAGAUGAUUGUGGCAGUAGGCAAAUGGUCUGUAAGAACCUCAUCGGCACCUUCAUGUGUAUCUGCCCACCCGGCAUGACCCGCCGACCCGACGGAGACGGCUGCAUGGACCUGAACGAGUGCCGCACUAAGCCGGGUAUUUGUAAGAACGGCCGCUGUUUGAACACACUGGGCAGUUACCGCUGCGAGUGCAAUGAUGGUUUCGAGCCGAGCUUCUCCGGUACCGAAUGCAUGGAUAAUCGUCAGGGUUUCUGUUUCACUGAGGUUCUGCAGACCAUGUGCCAGCAGAGCUCCACCAACCGCAACAGUGUCACCAAGUCCAAGUGCUGCUGUAACGGGGGCCGCGGCUGGGGCCCGCAGUGUGAGCUGUGUCCGCUAUCCGGCACCGUUCAGUACAAGAAGAUGUGUCCACUUGGUCCAGGAUACGACACCGACGGCAGGGACAUCAACGAAUGUGAGGUGCUGCCCAACCUGUGUAAGAACGGUCAGUGCAUCAAUAGCGUGGGCUCAUUCCGCUGCCACUGCAACGUGGGUUACACCAACGACUUCAGCAGAACAUCCUGCGUCGAUUUGGAUGAGUGUUCUCAGUCUCCUAAGCCAUGUAACUUCCUAUGUAAGAACACAGAGGGCAGUUACCUGUGCUCUUGCCCGCGAGGGUACAUCCUACAGCCGGACGGAAAGACCUGCAAAGACUUGGACGAAUGUUCUACCAAGCAACAUAACUGCCAGUUCCUCUGUGUGAACACCAUCGGAGGCUUCGCCUGCAAGUGUCCCGGUGGGUUCACUCAACACCAGACAGCCUGCAUCGAUAACAACGAGUGUACGAACCAGCCAAGUGUGUGUGGGUCGCGGGCGUCCUGCCUCAACACCCCCGGCAGCUUCAACUGCGAGUGUCAGAAGGGCUUUUCUCUGGACAGCACCGGACUGGAGUGUGAAGAUGUGGACGAGUGCGUUGGUAACCACCGCUGCCAGCACGGAUGCCAGAACAUGCUGGGUGGGUUCCGCUGCGGCUGCCCGCAAGGUUACGUCCAGCACUACCAGUGGAACCAGUGUGUGGAUGAGAACGAGUGUACAGGCAACCAGGUGUGUGGUUCGGCCUCGUGCUAUAACACUCUGGGCAGCUAUAAGUGCGUCUGUCCGUCAGGGUUUGAUUUCCAGGCCAGUGCUGGUGGGUGUCAGGACGUUAAUGAGUGCGCUAUGGGCAGCAACCCGUGCAGCUACGGCUGCUCCAACACGGAUGGAGGAUACCUGUGCGGCUGUCCAGGAGGCUUUUACAGAGCGGGACAGGGGCACUGUAUUACAGGAGUGGGCUUCCAGGGCCAGUUCAGCUCUGAGGGAGACGAGGAGAGCGCUCUGUCACCAGAAACCUGCUACGAGUGUAAGAUCAACGGAGGCGCCGGCCAGAGCGGCCGCCGCAGGCGCAACGCUGCCGACAAUGAGCUCAAGGAGUCAGUGAGUCUGGCCAGUGUGGACACUCAGAGCUCCAUCCCCAUGAACCUGUCUCUGACGUCGCUGCAGAAUAAAGAGCCGCUGCUGGAGCUGCUCCCGGCCCUCGAGCCGCUGGAGCACCAUGUCCGCUACGUCAUCACCCACGGCAACCAGGGCGAGUAUUUCCGCCUGCUGGAGCGCCGGGACGGUAAGAGCGUCCUGCGCCUGGGCCGAAAGACCCCUCCCCCAGGCUCGUACCGGCUGGAGAUCGCCUCGCUGCCGCUGUUCGGCCCACGCAAGCGCAAGGAGCUGGAGGACCAACACGACAGCGACUACCUGCUGGGGGAGAUUGGAGACGCGCUGCGCAUCAAACUGCACAUUGACCUGCACUGAGCGCCAGCCGCAGAGACUGCCUGACCUUUGACCCCAGAUUUUAUGACCCCAGUCCCAACCCUAUAGCGCAGGUGUCACCAAUGUUGCUCCUGGAGAUGUACCGUCCUGCAGAAUUCAGCUUUAAUCCUUCACCACCACACCUGAUCCAGCUAAUGAGUAGGGAAGCCUGAGUGGCUUUAGGGACUGUGCUGUGUUGUGCAUGCGCCAAUAGCUGCUUCCUACUGCUGAGUCUGUUGGUGCACUACAGCAAAAACCACCUUGGUACAAUAUAACUGGUACGUUUUUGAUGUGCACCCUAGAAAACAAGGUUUUUCUUUGCAAUUCAUUCAGAGCAUGCGUUUUUCUAAAACACUAAUUUAGACAAAUUUCUCAUAAUUUUCCCAUUUUUCCAAGAACAGCCGAGAUGAAUUCCUCCUCUAAUGGAUCAGGCGGCCCGUGCUCUUUGAAAUGACAUUUUCCCUAGCCAGCAUAAACAUACUUCAUUCUGUAAGACUUUUAUCGCUGCUGCUACGGAAUUAACGUCGAUUAAUUUCCAGAAUCCGUACAGACGCAGUUCUCAAAAGUCCUUGAUUAGCUGGAUCAGGUAAGUCAGACUGGAGAUUGAAGGUGAAACCUGCAGGAAGGUAGAUUGGUGACCGUGUCUAUAGCGCUUUUUACUGAGGAGCUCUAUUCAUUCACCACAAACACUGUUCUUAUCCUUCCUCAGAGCUUCCGGGUUCCUAUCCUGGAAAAUAACGCCCCCCACCUUCAUACCAAAGCUUUACAGUCAAGCUAGGAGGCUUCUGUUCACCUGCCUAAUUAGAAAGGCGUGGCGAGAGAAGCUCAUUAGCAACAACUGCUGCUGGAGCGACAAUCUGAAACGUUAGCGACGUUAGCCGCUAAGCAGUCAAACCACUAGUGACGGCUGUAAACGACCCAAAAAGGACUUAACGUGGUGCCAAAUCUUUGAUGCUUCAUCUCUAAUCUGGGACAAUCCAGUACUUCUUUCAGAAUCUAAUGUAGUGCCUAUAUCAGCCUUACAGUGCACAUGCGUGUCUCAUGUAAUACAAAGAAAUAUAUUGAUUUUUUACUUUUCAGAGAAAGCCCAAACAACCACUGACCUUUCUGUAGCCUAAUCUCAGUGACCACUGGGGUCAAAGGGUAUUCCAUUCAGUAUUCAGUCACUUGUAAUGGAUUGUACUGUUUUUUAAAAAAAAGUCACACGAAGGACUGCAUCAACAAUCACAACGUUUCAGGUGAAAAUGGGAGCUGAACAGGCGUUACGCCGGCGGGGUGACCGACCAUGCUGUAGGACACUUACCUAAACCGCUGAGUCUAUUUCCAAUAAUGUAGCGUGUGAACAUCGGAAUAUUCCAUGUGGUGCAUUAGGGUUUGAACUGAACUCAUCAGGUUUGAUCAUCCCUGAUUGAAGUCAUAUAUGGCUUUUAAAGGAGUAGCUCAGUAAAGUAUCGAAUUUGCAUUUUUCUCCUCAUCCUAAAUGUAUUGAAUUGAACUCAGAAAUAUUAGCCAACAGAGGAAUUUGACCUCUGCAUUUAACCCAUCCGUGCAGCGGAACACCCACAUACAUGCACACUAGUGAACACACACACACUAGGGGGCAGUGAGCACACUUGCCCAGAGUGGUGGGCAGCUCUA